ACCAAAGCACCGUUGCAUUACUAUAUUUCACGCGAAUGGCUGCAUCGUUUGUCGACAUUUGCUCAUCCUGGCCCAAUAACAAAUCAUGAUUUCCUGUGCCAGCACUCACAGAUUCUUCCACGACGAGCAGCACGUCUCACCAAUUACUACGCAACAAUCAGUAGUUCACUGUGGGAUUUGUUAUAUGAAAAAUUUGGCGGAGGUCCAGUGAGCUCCGAGCUGCAUUACUGUUUACAGUGUCAAAAUGAGUAUCAGAUGAUGAAGCGCCGACGUGAGUAUGAGCUUAAAACGUACAUUACACUGGAAACUUUUCUGGAACAGCUAAAAGAGGAACAUCCGGAACUUACUUACAGCUAUUACAUGCCACCCAAUAUUAUUGCAAAGACAUGGAUCGAAAAAUGGAAAGCAUUCGUUGAUGGAAAUGAAUUGGAACCACCUGGGCCUAUUGAUAACAAAAUUUUACUGAUCUCUAACAACAAAAAUGAUUCAAAACCUCAACUACGAGCUUCGUCGCAGUACAGACAGAUACAGCGUGAAGUGUGGUUAUUUUUCCAUUCACAAUAUGGUGGUGGACCUGAGUUGCUGUGUAUGCCGGAAAACCAUCCGACAGCCGAAAAGCUCCGGGAACUAACUUCGGAAGUUCAGCAAAAAAUCAUGAGCACAUUGGAGAGCCGGAAACAAGAAGACGACUCUGAGCAAGGGGAUGAUUCAUCAUAUUUUUUACCAUUUGAAUCAAAUGUAGCUGCUCUAAUGACCACCGAUCGAUCGGAUGAAGUUUGA